AUGCGGUUCUGCAACACACAAUUUGUAUCAAUCGAGAGAUCGGACGUGGCAAUUGUGUCAAAAGAUGGACAUCGUUUCGAAGUGAAACUUGCUGAAUCUGAGAUUGCAAGAGAAUUGAAUUGUCUCGGAGCAGUCAGUCCACGAGCACUACAGAAAAAUAUUUUGGUACCUUUCUCGACUAAUACGGUAGUUGAAUACUUACUCGGAUUGAACAAUGUUUCUGAUUGUAUCGAAGAAAAAAGUUGGUUUGGUCUUGAAAAGGCAUUGGAAGAGAUUGCUGGAUUCGGAAGUCAACCGAAUUAUCCUAACAUUCUAACAAUCAAAAACGCAAUAUGUGAUCAUAUGCUGUCUACAUUAUCAGAUCGCAACUGUUUUCUUCUUCACAAAAAAUUACGUCAAUUUGAUUGCCACAUUCAUGCGAACAAAACUGUUGAGUACAUUCUCUACAACUUGGUCAGAAUGGUAACUGUCGAUAAGAUUGUUGAUGUAGAAUUCUUCCGUUUACCAGUGGAAGAACUAGCUGAACUUUUGAACAACGAUGAGAUCAACAUAGAUAGAGAAGUGAAAAUUGUGGAGGUUAUUGGGAAAUGGAUAGCUGCGGACUUCGUAAAUCGCGACAAGUUUCGUCCGAUGCUGAUGCAUACUGUCCGAUUGAUGGCUUUGGAUGAAGAGGCUGCAAAGCAACUAUCUGAAUAUCGUCUCUCCAUGCAACAACCUCGUAAAACUCGUGAUAUUCUGUUAGCCGUUGGAGGAUGGCUCCAUAGGCAAGCAUGUGAUAGAAUCGAUUGGUUUGACCCGGAAGCUAGAGAAUGGAAAGUGUCUCAACAACGAUUGCCGAUGCCUCUUGCUUAUCAUGGAGCUGCAAUUCUCGGUGACGAGCUCUACGUCUUCGGAGGAUCAAACGGAACGCGUACUCGAUGUGAAACCUGGAAGAUGUCAACGAAGACGUGGCAGUGGGAGAAGUGUGAUAAUAUGCUGGAACCGAGAAACUACAUUACGAAUAGUUCAGUGGUGUACGAUGGAAAGAUUUAUGUAUUCGGUGGACAGAACUGGAGAGAAAUUACACGGGCUUCAUUGAGAAGUAAAACUGGAGAGAUGUAUGAUCCGAAAACCAACAAGUGGACUGCAACUGGAAACCUUCAUGAUAUGCGUUCGGAUUGUGCAGCCGCUGUAUUUGAUAAUCAAAUCUAUGUUUCUGGAGGAUUCAACGACCUACCUUAUCCAAUUACUGGUCACUGUCUAGUCACUCAUCAAGAACGUUUAUUCAUCGUCGGAGGAUUCAAUGGAAUGGAACGAAUGAAUAAGAUUUGGAUGUGGCAUCGGAAUGGAGAAUGGCAGGAGCUUCCUGAGAGACUAGUUCUUGGAAGAUCAACAAGUGCCGCUGUUUCUUACAAAGGAUGGUUGUUCUCGAUUGCGGGCUACACCGAAAGAGUCGAGGCUACCUGUGAAAUAAUGCUUCCUACUCCAGAUGCGGCUCGCUUCGGUUCGAUUCCUCCGCUUCCAAAAGCUAAAAGUGCUCUGAAAGUUCUACAAGCAUCAAAUUGGAGAAGUCAUUUAGAAAAUAGAGGAAUCGAUGAUGUGAACUAUGCAAUAUCUGAUUCGGAUUCGGAAUAUGAUGGUGCAUCGAAUUCUUUCAUGUCUCCAUCUUCUGCGAACAUUUGA